AUGCGGCGGCGCCACCAUCGGCAGUUCGGGCUGCCGAACGCCAACCAGAUCCUGCUGUGCAUGGUCGUCUGCGCGCUGCUGUUCUUCGCGCUGCUGCGCCGCCAUUGGCUGCAGUUCGCGGACGACCCGGACGUGCACGCGUCGCUCAAGAGCGUCUACGUGGUGGGCGAGGGGUCCACGGACUCCAAGUCGUGGCAGCAGUUCUGCGCCGACGACUCGUUCAAGAUGAACAUCCCCGGGACGAAUCGGACCGUGACGGUCGUGGACUUGCAGGACGGCGCCGUCUUGUGCCACAAACGCUCGGGGGCGUUCGUGCCCACGGUGAUGACGUGGAUCCUGGCGGUGGGGCUCAGUUGCGCGCUGCUGAGCACGCUCAUGGCGGUGUAUCUGCAGCUGGGCAAUCCAACGAGGGAGGUCGUCUUCUGGGUCGGGAUGCUGCCCGGCAUUUUGCUGUUCGGCACUGCGGUGUUGGGGACGACGGCGUUGUUCGUUUGGCAGAGGUUUUAUCUGCGGUUUGACAACGGAGACUGCUUCAGUAUCACGGUGGCAGCCACAGUUAUCGCGUACGCGUCGGCGAUCUCCAUGGUGGUGCGGUGGCGUUGGCCGGGCAUUUGUGCUGUGCCAAACGAGCAACAAGCGUUAGGAUCUCGGUCGUACGGCGACCAGCUGCCACCUCGCCGAAGACGUCGACGAGGCUCCGCAACGACCGCUCCAACGGUGACUGGCACGCCGGCAAACGAUCUCGAGUCCGCUGCCGUGCCCUUGACCCGCUGA